AUGGCAUAUUGGUUGAAUUUGUAUUUCCUUGUAUUGACUUCUGUUCUGACCAUAAAUAGUCAGAUUCAAAUACCACAAAAUUUUAUACCAUUCGGUGUGGAUCAAGGUGAUCGAACAUUAGCUCGUCCAAUCGAUACUAUCUCAUCAUCGAUACCAAUUAAAAUUCGAUUUCCAUAUUUCAAUGAAAAAUACGAUAUCAUACAUAUCUAUAGCAGCGGUCUCAUAUUGUUUGGUAAUCGAACUUACGUUUUGCCGCAUAUAUCACCAGGACCAUUUCCGUUGAAAGAUUUUAUAUGUGUUGCACCGUACUGGGCUGAUACAGAUCAAACUGUCGAUCCCACGAGUGAUAUAUUUUAUCGUGAAAUAGAUGACACUUCAAUGCUUCGAACAAUUACUGAAAUGGUAAAGACUGGUUUUCCAACAUUAGUCUCACACACCAUGUUGUGGGCUUAUGUUGUCACGUGGUAUAAGGUACCACCAGGUCAUGGCUGGUCAACACCCCGAAACACAUUCCAAGCUAUUAUAACAACGAAUGGUAUCUAUUCGUUUACAAUAUUCACUUACCACAAACUGGAAUGGUCCGCUGGAGCAUGGGGUGGUUAUCCACAAGUCGGAUUUAAUGCUGGUGAUCAACAAAACUAUUAUACUAUUGAAAAGUCAUUUUCAGCAAAUAUUCAGAGUAUAGUGAAUGACUCGAAUAUUGGUGUGCGAGGACAAUUUAUAUUUCAUACAACUGGCGAUAUCGGAAAUGUUGAAUGCAAUACAAUAGAUGGAUUAUUGGUUUCACCUUACCGUGGUUUAACUUUUGGAGGCUACGAUUUUCGCUUAUAUGGUAUUUGUUUUAAUGAAACAUCUUACAUUGUAGAAAUUGAUAAUCAUAUUGUCGAUGCAUGUCAAAUAUCAUUGAUGUAUAUUGUGUGUACAAUGCCAAUGUUGUAUGAUGGACCAACAUUACUAAUAAAGCUUUACAACAGUAAUCGGACAUUAAUUGCUUCAACAGAAUUUAUCGUUGAAAUACCUCCAGAUAACAGUGUCAUACAGUCAAUGUUAUUAGAAAAUAACAAAUUUGAUGGCAAUAUAAUUAAUAUUAAUGAUGAAGAUACAUUGAUAUUAAAUUUUAAAAAAAACUCAUUAACAUUAAAACAGCGAUUUGACAUUAUAUUGUAUUAUUAUUAUGCUAAAUUUGACAAUAAUAAUGAACUUAGUAAUAUAUCAUCCACACAAAUUGAACUUGGCAACAAUGUCAAUUUAUCAGCUAUUGGAAAUUUUGCAGUAAAUUUGACAUCGGCACUUUCCUUAGUAAGAGUAGCAGAAUUAAAAGAUGUGAGUGAGUUUAUUAGCUUAGCGUUUCAUACAUUAGGCACAGAAAUAUGGCGAUUAACACUCAGUUUAGUAUUAGAUCGCAAAAAAUUAACAGAAAGUACUGAAGAUUGUAAAAGGUGGCAUAGUGAGCAAGCUAACCCAGAGGGUUACAUUGAACAAAUCCCAACGUGUUUUUGUCGUGUUCCGUCUACUGGUCGAGAUCCAUUUCCAAAUCCUUUACCCGGUGGGACAUUUCAAAUUGAUAGUGGAUGUGAUUUUCAUAAAGAUCUAGAUAAGACAUGUGCCUAUCAUCAAGGUGCUCGUGGUUGUUAUCGUGGACAACAAAAACAGAGGGGACCUGGUGCUCAGUGUUGUUAUGACUCAAACGGUCGCUGGAUAAACAAUCCUAAAAAUGGCGGUGGUACAUUAGAUGUUCAAGCACCAACUGGAUCCCUAUUACAAAUACUUAAACAUCAUCGAGUCGAUGUGGCACCAUUUUAUUGGUGUUGUAAAGGAGGAGGUCAGGCUUCUGAAUUAUGCCAACUGUACUUUGAAAAACGUCCAGCAGGUAAAUGUGAAAAUGAAAUAUUACCAAUUCCAGCAGGCGGCAAUGGAGAUCCACAUUUCUUAACAUUAGAUGGUACAAAUUAUACGUUUAAUGGUUAUGGUGAGUAUGUAUUAUUAAAUAUAGAAAAUAUAUUAGAAGUACAAGUUAGAUUAGCACCUAUCGCAUCCGAUGAGCUUGAAAAUCAAGCGACAUCUAUAGUAGCGUUUGUAAUUAAAAAUAAAAAUUAUGCCAGAGUACAAUUUGAAUUAUUUCAAUCAUUGAAACUUGUUGAAAUACGAGUAAAUAAUCGUCUAAUAGAAUCAAGCAUUUUUCAAACAUCGCACAACAAUGAUGACAAUGAUGAUACUCUGUCGCAAAUGUUAUGGAUGAUGGGUAAAACUGUUAAAUUCGACAAUGAUAAUGUGGCAAUAACACAAUUAAAUUUGACAAUAUUUAAAAUUCAAUAUUCAAAUCAAAUUAAUUUUAUUAUUGAUAUACGUAAACAAUAUGAUUUUUUAAAUAUUAUAACAAUUUUAUCACAAACAUUAAAAGAAAAAUGUAAAGGUUUACUUGGAAAUAUAGAUAAAGAUCAAACAAAUGAUUUAAUGUUUUCAAAUGGGACAAUUUUAACAUCAGCUGAUAUAAAUGAUGAACAUAUCAUAUUUAAGUUUGGUGAAUCAUGGCGUACAACAUCAGACAUGUCGUUAUUUUACUAUAUUGCCAAUGAUAAUCACGGUAAACAUCAAAAUCUAAAGUAUCGUCCAAUAUUCAAAAGUGAAUUAUUUCAGAAAUAUCAAAAUUCUGCUCGUUUAACAGUAGCCCGGCAGACAUGUGAAGUAUUAUCAUCAACUCAACAAAAAGAGCAAUGUAUCUAUGAUAUAUUGAUAACCAAUGACACAACAAUGUUGGAAUUACAUCAGGAUUUUCAUACAAGUGUCGAUGAUUGGAAAGAAUACGCUGAAUUAGUUGAGCAAGAACUUAAACCUGGAUCUGCUCGUUUGAGUUCACAUUUCUCAUUGAUCACAUUCAUGUUGAUCAUUACUCAGCAACUAUUAACACGACUGCUUAAAUCCGUUUCAAGUAUCUAA